CAUCGACGGCGGCGGCGGCGGCCACCAACUCAGGUGCUGGUCAGCUGAUCAACGUCGGCGGCCCGCUGCUGUGAGGAAAGUGAGUUCGAGUUUGCAGCCUCUUGAGGGUCGGCGUCGAAGAAUCCCUCUCCCGAAACCUUCUUUCCCUUCGGAGAUUUGGAGAGAGAGAGAGAAAGAAAGAAAAGGAGAGAGGAAAAAAAAACACAAACAUGACGCCGGAAGGGUUAAAACUGACCAAUAUCCUGAUUUUGGGCUUCGCCUUUAUGUUCAUAUUCACCGCUUUCCAGACUUGCGGGAACGUCGAGCAAACUGUUAUCAAAAGUCUCAAUCAUACUCGAUUUAAGGGGAGUGGAUAUAACAGCCUUGCCAUAAUUUAUGGUGUAUUUUCUGCCUCAAAUCUGUUGGCUCCAUCGAUUGUUGCUGUUAUUGGACCUCAACUUUCCAUGAUCUUCAGUGGAUUCAUUUACAGUGCUUAUGUUGCAGUUUUCAUUGAGCCGUACACUUGGUCCUUUUACCUAGCUUCAGUCAUUAUUGGGAUAGCAGCUGCAGUGCUUUGGACAGCCCAGGGCAACUGUUUGACGAUAAACUCAGAUGAAAACACCAUUGGAAGGAACAGUGGCAUAUUUUGGGCGCUCCUACAAUUUAGUCUUCUUUUUGGAAACCUCUAUAUAUAUUUUGCUUGGAAAGGAGAAAAACACAUUUCAGAUCAUGACCGCAGGACAGUUUUUAUUGCGCUAACGGUGAUUAGUUUGGUGGGAAGCCUUUUGCUGUUCCUUAUAAGGAAACCCAACUCUGCAGUUUUGCUGUGUACAGAUGAGCCAAUGUCUGAUGAGGAUACUGAAAACAUACUUUUAUCUCAAAGGGGAGGAUCGAAAGCGUUAGAUGCAUUCAGUAAUUCAAUCCAGUUAUUCUUCACCAAAGAAAUGCUGCUUCUCAGUGUUUGUAUUGCAUACACAGGCCUUGAAUUAACCUUUUUUAGUGGUGUCUAUGGAACCUCUCUGGGGGCAAUGAACCAGUUUGGGGAUGAAGCCAAAAGUAUGGUUGGAUUAGCUGGCAUCUUUAUUGGCGUUGGAGAAAUCAUAGGUGGAGGAACCUUUGGUUUGUUCAACCAAUACCAUAAUUUUGGGAGAAACCCUAUAGUUCUUCUGGGUUUAUUGACGCAUGUUGUCGCCUUCUAUUUGAUAUUCCUGAACGUACCUAGUGUAGCACCAAUCGUAUCUGAGGAAGGAACUAAUGAUAUUGCAUACUUAUUUCCAAGCAAAGCGAUUGCUGUAGUUUGCAGUUUCCUUCUGGGAUUCGGUGACAGCUGUUUCAACACACAGGUCAUCAGCAUUUUGGGGUUUAUGUAUUCCCAAGAAAGUGCUUCUGCAUUUGCUGUGUUCAAGUUUGUCCAAUCUAUCUGUGCCGCGAUUGCAUUUGGCUACAGCAAUUAUCUUCUACUUCAGUGGCAACUUCUUAUCCUGGUGCUGGUUGGAUUCCUUGGCACAGUAUCCUUCUUCCUGGUCGAGUGGAAGGCAGAGGCUAUUUCCCGUGGCACUGAUUACGAUCGCAUUUAAUUAAGAAGAUGGCAUCCGACGGAUCCAAUUGAAUGCAAACCUAUUCAAUUUUGCCAUACAUUUUUUGCGAGUAAUAAUUUUGCUAACUUUAUGGAUGGUGGUCCCUAAAAUUUUAAAACCUGACUUUACUUUGUUGUCCAACAUCAUGUUGCAAGAUGAAAUUAACUGGAGGAGAUAUCCAAGGAAGUUUAAUGAUGCCUCAAAAUGUUAAAAUUCAGCACUUUUCUAAACUUCCGAAAUUUCAGGUAGCCAAUUGAACUUAUUGUAUAGAAGUAAUUUUGGAUACUGUUUGUGUAAAUUUCUGAGAUGGUGGCGAAAAAGGAUUUUAUUGCUGGCUGAACAGUUUCAUGUCAAAAGAUACUGCAUUUGAAACUUGUACUUAGAUUAUUGCAAAGUAUUUGUAUUUUUCUUUUCACACUUGGGCUUUUCAGAAUUUUUUUUUUUCUCCACCUUUCACGGCGGGAGGACAUGCCGAGGUGCUGAACAGUCAGGGGUCAGGACCCAAGCGUCGGGAGCAGGGUUGGGAUGAGGGAGGGCAGAGAGGGUAGGAGGGUGGCUGAAGGCACAGUCAGAAUGGAGUAAUAUUUCAUAUUAGUUUCUAGUAUGAAAGGGGAUCUGUAUUUGAAACUUCAUUUUUAUUUCACCAAGUUAGGUUUGGUAUAAUAAAGCCUUUAUAAGGCACUUGAUUAUAACGUGGGUCCCAGGAACUCACUUACCCCAAAUCAAUUCAAAUUCAGGUACCAGCUCCAAUGGCACUUAAAAUCAUCGUGUGCAGAAAUUAGCAUCACCUGCAACCUGUUGAACUGAAUAUUGGCCAUUUUGCCAAUUUGUGCCCUGAUUGGAGGUUUGAUGCACAUGAGUGCAGGAGUGCUGACCAGCGAUCACACCCCAUUAUAACCCAGUUGGAAUUUUGUAAACUUCCAACAGCUCCGGUAUAACAGGGCUUCACUGUAGUAUUUUACUGAUCUACGCUUAUUGUUUAAACUAGCUGUACCUGUUGCAGAUUCGCUUGCAACCAAAGGAUCCAAUAUGGAAUGUAGAUUGACACAGGCAUUUCAUCUUUAUACUCCUCUGGGAGGACUCGGCGCUUUACAAAUUUUGUUGUUGUUGCCGCGGCUUAGCUUUGCCUGUGUUCUUAUUUUGUUCCCGCCGCUUGGCUAUAUGCUCGCUCUGUGCUGCAGGGUGCCACAGCGCCACAGUCAGCCGGCCUGGCCGCCCGGUGAAACCGCGGUGCGUGGGUACAUAGGUGCUCUGGGACUCACGGUGCCACAGUGCCAUUUUGACUCAGUGGCUACCAGGUGUAACUGCAGUACAAAACGCAAAACUGAAAAUAACUCAUGAGCGAAAACAAAUAUGCCCGUGUCACUCUCAGAUGCAAGGCCUUUCCGAUGAGGUAUAAAUCAUGUGUCUACGGCAAUCGGAUAAUGAGAUCCUUCUUGAAGCGCAAACAGACAUUGCCGUUUUAUUAGUAUGUAUAUAUGUAUGUAUAUAUAUGUGAACAGAAGAUAAAUGUCCACAAACCACGAUUGUUUGUGGGACCCUGCUGUGUGCAAUUGGCUGCCGCGUUUUACCCACAAAAUAGUCAAUUCACUUUACAGUAUAUUCUGCGAAGCGCUUUGAGACGGCUCGAAGAUGUGAUACAGCACUAUAUCAAGUGCAAGUGUUAUUAUUAUAAAGACCACAAGUGCUAUACCUAAGAGUUUCAUUUAAUUAAAAUGUUUCUCUUACCUGUCAAUUUAAGAGCUAUUGAGAAUUUCUUUGUUUAGAUUUACUGCUCUGAUUUUAUGGCCUGUAAAAUAAUAUUUAUGUUUUUUGUACAGUAUUCAUCUUCAAUAAUCCCAUAUUGCAUCAAACCACACACUAGGCACCCGGGAGCCGAGGAUAUGAAUCCAGCUCAUACAGUUGGUUUAUUCCAUAAGAACGGAUCAAACUAAUGUGAGAUCAGCCAGCUUGAUGUCUACACCAGUCCUACAUGUUCAGAAUUGAGCCACAAGUGUUUGAGUUGGAUACUGAUUUGAAUUCAGUUGAAUAGAUUCUACAGACUUUAAGACCACAAUGUCGGUCUAUUUUUGUAAUGGAAUUCUAACAGAUUGUAUAAUUACGCAAUUGUUUAGAAGUGCGCCUCCUGACUAUUUACAAUAGAAGGUUAGUGAAUUAAUAGAGGGAUAUGAAUUUUGUUUAACUUUUUGACUGCUGAUCCAGGGGACUGACUUGACCAAAAUGUCAUUGAUUAGCAGUGGUGAAUUCUCAAACAUGUUUUAUUUCCAGUGCUCUAAUUACAGAAUGAGCAUUGCCUUCUAAAUUUAAAGCUUCAACCACUUUAUUUUGACCACUUGGUUUAGUGGUAUCAGUAAUUUACUAUUUUUUUAAUAGACUUUGUAAAAUAUUUUUAAAAUUAAGAUGGUCAGUUGGCAUUUUCUUUGUCAUGGGGACCAGUGUUGCAUAUUUGUUUUCUUUCAGUCCAAUAUGCAAAUAUUUUGAGAGUUUUUUGGAUCCAUAUUCACCCACAAAAUACACAAUCCCUACUUUGAGACGUCUCGAUAACGUGAUAAGUCGUUAGGUCAAAUGUAAGAAUUAUUAUUAUUAAUGUGUACCACAGGAGAAAAGCACCAGUAGAUUCUUAGAUAAUGGGGGAGAUGAGCUAAAGGGCAAGAAUUUUUUAAAUAUUGUAAAAACAAUCGAUUUUACUGCUUCAGUUGUGAAUUCACCAUUCCUGGUAGCUUCUUUUGCAACGAUGGGUUCUUCUGCCAGCAUUGUACCAAUGUGCAAUGCUCUUCAAAUCACUGUUUUGUAAGGCAAAAUAUGGGUCGUGCCCAGUUAUCAUUGUAGUGAUUAUUAGUGACUAUUUUCAUGCUUACUCUUGGGUUUUGGACAGAUAACGAUUAACAUUGAUCUUUUAAAUUGGAUUUCAAGCAUAAGUGGGCUCAAGACUUUUUAUUCAAAUGUUUGGUUAUCCAGCUUACCCUACGCAUUCACACUGAUAAACUAUAAAUGCACCAUAGAUUUGGCAUUAGAUCAGGCCUGUGUGUGCACCAAUGUAUUAAUCACCUUUUAUUCAGAUAGAGGCAAAAUGGCCUUUAUAUUGUACUCACUGCAUUGGAAACAUGGAUAUCCAAAUGUUGCUUCAUGUUGAAGCUCUUGUAAAUGGGUGCUUGCUUCUGUGACACAGUAUUGUGGUACAAAGCUGUCAGUCUAAACUGAGACCUGUACCUCAAAUCAAAGUUAUCUGUUGCUGCUUUUUGGAUCAACAAACUUUCGAAAUUUCAGUAAGAAAUGUGUUUGAUGUGAAAGGGAUCAGGAAUAUCAUGUUCACAAAAUCUCGAACAUUUUGGUAUAAAAAUUUGUAUGAUG